UUAUAAUUAUUAUAUCAUCAUCAUCUCAAUUAAAUUAAGUAAUUAUGUCAUCAGCUGACAUAAUUUACGUAUGUGUAUCAUACUUUUGUGAGUUGAUAGCUUAAAUUAUUUGUGACAAUUUGGCGUGUUGAUAUCGGGUGUCUAAUCAAAUACCAAAUGGAAUUUAAAAAUAAUUCGGUUCUCAUAUUUAUACUACUGAAGUGACAUCAUGACGAGUAAAAUGUCAAAGAUCAAGUACACAGAAAGAAGUAUUAAAAAUAAAUAAAAAAUAAUUUAAUAUCAAUCUACUAAAUACCUCUUGUUACAAAGAAAAUAACUCAAACAAAGAAGAUAAUACGCAUAGUCACAACAAAGUAAUUAAUUAGAUCACUCCAUUAACAAGCAAGUAUUCACUUGUUAUCGUAUUAUUUUAUAUUCUUGUUUACUGUCGUCAUCAUGUUCAAUUUUGAGAUUAAAUCACGAUAUAAAAGACGACGAUCUCCAUUUAGUCGUAUUAGUCAAAGAAAUAAUUUCGAGGAGUUAACUUUGAAUUGUGAACAAGAAGAAAAUUUUUCAUCAUGCCAAAAAAAAACGAUAAUCGCAGAAGCCGCAGCGCCACUCGCAGCACGAGCCGCAGUUCCAGCGAUAGUAGUUCUUCACGGUCAAGUCAUCGCAGUUCGUCGGGCAGCAGCGAUGAGGGUAAAAGCCCCAGGAGCAAGAAAGCAAUUUGGUCGGACGACUCGGAAUCGGACCGAUCCCCGAGAAGAGACGCCAAGAACAAGACGACCCACAAGGGCAGAAAGGAAGCCGAGAAGAAACAUAAGGAUAGCGACCGUAGACGAGAAGAAGUUAAGGAUGCGGAAAAGAAGCCCAUGAAAAAGUCUAACGAAGGACCUAGGCAGGGAUCGGGAUCUGGAACUAAGCGGAAAGCUGGCGACGACGAUAAGAAGCGUGCGAAGAGGAUCGUGAAGGACCAAGUCAAGUCGGCCGUGAAGGACGCUAAGCGGAAGACAUCCAAGAAGGAUCCCCAGCCUCACUUCAGCGGCGGAGGAGCAGGUGAACAGCCAGUUGACGGACUUAUCUUUGUUCGUCGUCAUAGACGGGCAAUUUUCCGAGGAAGGCUACGCCUGGAUCAGCAGCAUAUGACCUAUUUUCUCAAAACUCUGGCGAAAUCAGUGGUGGCGGUGUUGGUGUGGUGGAGACGGGGAUCCAAGUUAUACUGCCCCUCAACCACUUUGGUUUGAUUAAGGGGAGGUCAGGAUUGGCCGCAGCAACAAUGAUAUCCACAGCAGGUGGGAUAAUCGACCAUGAUUAUACUGGGACGAUGAAGAUUAUCUUGCACAACAACUCGAGCGAAAACUUCGCUUACAAAGCGGCGUCACGCCUCGGGCAGCUUGCAGUAAUCCCAAUGUACCACGGACCAGUGCGAUACGUUGAAGGAACUAAGAAAGACGAAGAACACGGCGUUCAAAGAAGUGAGUUCUUAUCCCGCGAGCCGCGCGGUGAUAAGGGAUUCGGUUCGACUGGACAAUAACGCGUUUUUGGCAUUGUUCAUCACUUCACAUAUAUCACUUCCAACUUGCUAACAAUUUUUCAUUUAAACUGUUUUGAAUUAGUUAAUUAAUUAAUAAAUUAACUUUUUAACCGUC